ACUGCUUCCCCAUGUGGGCUCGGGCCGUCAGCGGGCCCGGCUGAGCACUAGCCCCGAGACCCCAUCGGUCACAGGCCCUUGCCACCAGCUCAGCAGCAUCCACCGUCCUGCUGUUGCCUUCCUCUCUCGGUCUUUCCCCCGCAGCGCACACCGCCAUGGGCAAGAGCCGGACGAAGCGCUUCAAACGACCUCAGUUCUCCCCUACGGGCGACUGUCAGGCCGAAGCGGUAGCGGCGGCGAACGGGACCGAGGGAGAGGAGGACGACGGGCCGGCGGCGGAGCUGCUAGAAAAGCUUCAGCACCCGAGCGCGGAGGUGCGCGAGUGCGCCUGCGCGGGGUUGGCCCGGCUGGUGCAGCAGCGGCCGGCGCUGCCGGGCCUGGCACGUCGGGAUGCCGUGCGCCGCCUCGGACCGCUGCUGCUCGACCCCAGCCUGGCGGUGAGGGAGACGGCGGCCGGCGCGCUGAGAAACCUCAGUGCUUGUGGUGGUUUUGAAGUUUGUGAUGACAUGGUGACUAAGGAUAUCAUGACUCCUCUGGUUGCACUGCUGAAAGAGUGUAGCGCUGGCCUGGAUUCAAAUGAGAUGUCUCCACAAGAAAAAAAAGAUCAGAACAGAAAUUCUAUUGAGAACAUAGCCAAUGAGGCCAUGAAUGUGCUGUGGAAUAUAUGUGAAUGCAGUAGUAGAGCAGUAUCUAUAUUCAACAAAGAAGGGUGUUUGGAGAUUGUAUUAAAGUUUUUAAGUAGAUUUCCCACCAAUGUUGACCUGGCUAUUUCAGUAGCAUAUUGUUUGCAGACAGUGACCGAAGAUAACCCAGAGCUGCUGAAAUCUUUCAGUGACCCAGGAUUGCAUGUACUGGAGUCAGCAAUGCUUUCUCCUGUCAGUUCCAUGGAGUACAUUCUAUUAAAGACGUUGGUGGCAGGUACCAUUUGGAACCUAAAGGACAUUAUUCCAUCCAAGAGUCAGGCAGAAAUCAUAAAUGCCAUACUGAAGGUCUUGUCUGACGUUCUGGACCUGGACGCUGGCGAGACGGUAAUUCGAAUGCAGGAGGCCGAAAAGCAGAGGUUAGAAGCCGCUGCAGAGACAGAGGAUGUGCUGGAGAGCGCCAGCCGUGAUGCUCUGAUAGAAGAUGAUGAAAUGGAAGAGAUCCCGCACAAAAGGAAAGUCAGAAGGAAAACCUUCGUUUCAGAUUUGCUUCCAUCCACCGACAGGGAACUGAGAGAGACCAUAGCAUUGUUGACGGCCCAGCAGACUGCUCUGGAAAUUAUUGUCAACAUGUGCUGCACGGAAGAUCCCUCCGAUGAUGAGUGGGAAGAGCUUUCUAGCAGUGAUGAGAGCGAUGCAUUUAUGGAGAAUUCCUUCAGUGAGUGCGGUGGGCAGCUGCUGUCUCCCCUCUGCCUCUCCCAUGAGGUUCACACGGCUUUCACCAACUACCUCAUCCCAAAGAAGAUUUUUGAGAAAACUGCCUUUCCAAACAGUACUGCCGUUGACAUAUGUUCUAGGAGUCCCACUUGGAAAUCUUUGAUUAGAAAAAUGAGCACUAUUCAGUGCAGAGCCCUCGUGUGUCUCCAGAGUCUUGUAUCCCUCCUGGAUGUGGACCACCUCGGGGGACCUGCAGCCUUGCAGACACUUGCACAACAUCUGUCCCAGCUGCUUUUUUCUCAGCCAGAUUUUGCUGAGCAUGUUGACUUUCUAGAAGCCAUAAGUAGUGCCUUGAGGGCCCUUUUGCAAACAAUGGCCUCCAAGAACAUUUCUCAGUGUAUGACUCCCAAUCAGUUGAUGACACUAUGCACAGCCGGCAUUCACAGUGGGAACACCGGGGUUAGAGUAAACAUUGUUAGUAUUUUAGGAAUCACGGGCAGCGUCCUCGCCAAAGAAGAUGGAACACUGGAAACUCUUAAGACCAUUGGGUGCUUUCUGCUUGAGGUUGCCACCAAAGAUCCCUCCCUCGUGGUGGCAGGAGAAGCCUUGGAUGCCCUCUUCGAUGUUUUCGCAGAUGGUAAAGAAGCCGAAAGGGCCUCAGUUCAGAUUAAAUUGUUAUCUGCUCUGAAAGAAUUCCAGCCAGUCUUCAAAAUGAAGAUACGAAAAGAAGGGCGAGGUAAAUACAGUCCAGAUCAGCUGUGUGUUCUCGACAAUGUGAAGAUGAAUUUGAGAAGGUUUGUCGCUUAUCAAGAAACUGUUGAGAAAAGACUGACUACUUGAACCAUUGAAAGAGAGACCAGUUCUCGCCCCAAGUGUUCAGUGCUAAAGAGUACUAAAGUAUUUCCUUGGAGUGUAUGUGUUUCUAAAAAUCAUUUCUCAAUGCCCAUAUCCUGUCCAUUAAUUUGAAGUUUAAGAACUUCAAAACCGGUCAGAAGCUCUUUUAAGCCUUGGGAUCUCUGUGGCAUUUCUAGUAUUCUCUAAAUUAUGUUUCCAGCAUGUUUUAAUCACUAGAAACACAAGGAGUGGAAGAGUAGAAACAGGAAUCUCAGGUGGUUAUUCAUGAGUCGCAAAGAACCUUCCAAACAAUCAUGUUUUCCUGGAAUUUUGCAGGAAAGGAAAAUCCAGAGCAUUGCUUGGACACUCUUUUAAGCAAGCAUCAUUUUAUAUGUGCUGCCAAAGCGAGCAAGCAUUAUUUUGUAUUAGCUAAAUCUCUAUAAACUGAAAUAUGAAGACAAGCUUCAUAAAAGUUUUUUGGUUAUGAAGUAUACCAAUUGUGUUUCCCUUUUGUGCAGAAGUGAAUGAGCUGAAUUUGUAUGCCACUCUUCAGUAGAAUAUACUAAGGAAUUAAUGAGGUCAUUGUCAGCCUCUAUACAAACGGAGCUGAUCACUUACUGCUUUGUAACAUCACUCCGUGUUUAAUUUGAUACGGAAUCGGAAUCAGGAGGAAAUAUUUUUUAAUAAAUAACUUUUUAAUUGAAA